AUGGAAGAGAAGUUGAAGAGUAGGGGGGAUUGGAAUAGUAGAGAGUGUGUGGAUAAUAUGUGGGAGAUGACUGUCAGUUGUAUUACGGAGACCGCUAGAGAGGUGUUGGGUGUCUUGAAAGGUCGAUCUGGCAAACAUCGAGGUAACUGGUGGAAGAACAAAGAGGUUAAGAGAAAGGGGGAUAAAGGUUCUGUGUUGGGAGGCUUAGAGAUAUCUGACGAGGGUUGCUAUUAUAGUUCUUAUAGGUGUAUGGAGGUUGAGAAGGUCAAGGGAGCUAUUCGCAGGAUGCAGCGGGGUAGGGCAACAGGGCUAGACGAGAUUCCAGUAGAUUUUUGGAAGAGCACUAGUUGGGCAGCCAUUGCAUGUGAAGAAAUCCACGUUUUUGACAAACAAAAAAAUCAAUGGCACAUAACAAAGAUUCCACCAUUGGGGCUACCGUUCAAUCUCAACCUCAGAAUAUUAAGGAUUCACAGUCAAGCACAAAAAUUCAUCACAAUCAUCUCCUCUAUAUUCAUCCAUCAAAUAAUCAAGGAAUUGAUCAUACUUAUACUUCUCCUGCACAGUUAUACGGAUUCGUGGUCAGUUCAUGAGUUGACAUUGAAGUGGUAUCUGUCUGCUUCAUGGCUUUGCAGUUCUCAUUUUUACACUAUCUUUUUGCUUUUGUUUGAAAGAGUACCUGAUUGCAAUUAUCAAAGUAAGGUUUCUAUUGGUUGCACAUGGGUGCUUAAGAUUAAGUGUCAUGCUUCAAGAGAGGUAGAAAGGUAUAAAGCCAGGCUUGUUCCCAAAGACUAUUCUCAGCAAAAGGGUCCUGAUUUUGCUGAGACCUUCUCUCCAGUUGCAAAAAUAAUUACUGUUCCUGAGGGCUUUUCACGCCAGGGGGAGUAUUCAGGUGUUGGUGUCAGUGUAUGUAAACUUCACAAGUCUUUGUAUGGCUUGAAACAAGCCCCUAUACAGUGGAACCUAAAGUUGACUGAGGCAAUUAUUGCUAUAGUCUUCACUCAUCUCACUAUGAUUAUUCUCUAUUUAUGCAGGAUGUGAAUGGGGCUUUGAUUAUAGUUCUAGUGUAUGUUGAUGAUCUCUUAGUAACAGGAAGCAACUUAAUUUACAUUCAAAAGGUGAGAAGGGAUCAAUAGUCUAGGUUUAAAAUAAAAGAUUUAGGUAAACUUAAGUACUUUUUUGGUACUCAGUUUGCUAGAAGUGAGAAUUGAAUUCAAAUAUAUCAAGAAAGUAUGCCUUGGAACUAGUUUUAGAUAUGGGGUUAGCAGAAAGUAAACCUACAGGUACUCUACUUAAGUUCAGUCGAAAGCUAACAUCAGUUGAGUAUGAUAAAGCAUUCAAUCCUGAAAGUUUGUCUUAUGAUGAACUACUUAAAGAUAAAAGCAUGUAUCAAAGAACAAUUGAGAGGUUUAUAUAUUUCACUAGACUAGACCUGAUUUGUAUUUUAUGGUUUAAGCUUUGAUUCAGCAUAUGUAUGCUCCCGAGCAAAUUCAUAUGGAUGCAGCUAUUAGAGUAAUCAGAUAUAUCAAAGGAACUCCAGGUCUUAGACUUCUUAUGCCUACUAAUGGUAACAUGAAGCUCACAACUUAUUGUGAUUCAAACUGGGGUUUUUUUGUUGAAGUAAUAAAAUAUGUAACUGCCUAUGAUAUCAAGCUAGGAGAAACAAUUAUAUCAUGGAAAUCUAAAAAACAACAGACAGUCUCCAGAAGUUCUGCAGAGUCUGAGUUUAGGAGCAUGACAAUUAUUAUGACUAAGAUAAUCUGGUUAACUGGUUUAUUUAAAGAACUAAGAUUUGAUAUUGAGAAGCCUGUGACUUUAUUUUGUGACAGCAAGGUUGUUAUGCAGAUUACAACCCAUCUUAUUUUUCAUGAGAGAAGUAAAAUUUUGAUAUUGAUUGUAAUUUUUUUCAUAGAGAAGAUUCAAGAUAAACUCACUACAACUCAACAUAUUGAUAAAAGAGAGCAGAUGACAAAUCUUCUAACUAAAACUGUAUGCAAGCCUCAAUAUCAUUAUUCGGUUAACAAGCUAGGAAUGAAAAAUCGGUUCUCAUCCAUUAGCUUGAGGAGAAGUGUAGAAUAAUGUGAUGCAAGUGGUGUGUAAAUAUAAUUUAUCUAAUUUGUUGUAAUUAGUGAGCUACAAGUAAUUAGUUAUAGCUGUUUCGUCAGUUAGAUUAGCUGAAAGAUACAUUAGAGUUUAGGACAGUAAAUAGUCUAUAUAUUGACCAUGCAGCUUAUAGAGUAAGCAUACUGUUUCAUUAGUUCAACUGUGAAAAUAUAUAUUUCUCAACUUCUUCUUCUUUGUUCUUCUGAGUUUCAAUCUCUUAGUGUUUCCAUAUAACUAAGUUCAUCAAUAAAUGACAUAUGUUAAUAUUAAUAGAUUUUUUUUAAUCUCCUGUAUGCCUUCUAAGAGAGUGAGUAUGCACUCUUUGCCACCUAACACUUACGAAUGUAUAUAUUGAGUUAAUAACCCAAAUGGUCACUCAACUUAUGAUUUUUCUCUCAGAAAUUCACUCAACUAUGAGUUCUUUUCUCAGAAAGUCACUCAACUUUAAUUUUUACUCCAAAAGUCA